UUUUUUACUCCAACGUCAUUGAAACCGGAAAAGGGCGUGGCCUGCCCCGCCCCGUCAGUCCAGUCAAUUGAGCCUGAAGAGAAGGCGACUGCACGGCUAAAAAUAUAAUAGCUAACACAAGAUGGCCGGUUUGCCUCGUAGGAUUAUCAAGGAGACGCAGCGGUUGAUGCUUGAGCCCGUCCCAGGCAUUGCAGCAACGCCUGAUGAUGAGAACGCACGCUAUUUCCACGUGUACAUCGGGGGACCGAAAGACUCUCCGUUUGAAGGGGGCACAUUUAAACUUGAACUGUUUCUCCCGGAGGAGUAUCCAAUGGCGGCACCCAAAGUGCGAUUCAUGACCAAAAUCUACCAUCCGAACGUUGACAGACUGGGGAGAAUAUGUUUAGACAUUUUGAAAGACAAAUGGUCUCCGGCCCUCCAAAUCCGCACAGUGCUGCUCUCCAUCCAGGCAUUAUUAAGCGCUCCUAAUCCCGACGACCCCCUGGCGAAUGACGUCGCAGAGCAGUGGAAGAAAAACGAAAGCAUUGCCAUCGAAACAGCGCGAGCAUGGACCAAGUUGUACGCCAACAACACUGAAGUAUAGAAGACGAGAAUAUGAUCCAACACAUCUUCAAAACGGCAUUGGAAAAAAAAACCAAGAUCAACUGUCGCAGACCAUUUUGGGUGAUUUAUGUUCUUUUUGUUAACGUGUUAGCCUUCUUUUUCCUUGUUGUUUCUCUUCUUCCUCCUCCCUGGUGUGUUGCUAUUUAAAUGCAUGGACAGAGAAUGACACUUCAUCACUACAGUCUUAAAAGGUAAAUAAUAUAGAGUAUCAUUGAAGAAGCAGGUGUGCACUGCUACCAAAUCAUCAUGCAUUAAAGCUGUCCUACUUUUAA